AUGAUGGCACUCCGAGUACAGGUGGCAAUAUGUCUCGUCGCCUUGGCCUGCCCCUGCAUUUGCAGCGGCAAUGGUGACAGGCGGAUGUGUGUAUUUGGCGCUGGUGAUGGCAAAUUGCCAGAGGAGCGCCAUUCAUGCUCGAGCUUUGAUUUGCCCCAUGCUUUUGCACUUGCCGAUGCUUUUCAGUGUCGGCGAUACAAAAGGGUAAAGAGAGGGCGUAAACGAAGUUGGGCUAGGGGACAAAUGGGUCUUACGUGCAAAUCUUCAGGGGGGCAACAACGGCGAAAAAAAAAAAAAAAAACUGUUUGUCGAGACAAUUCAGGCAGCGAGACUGGUGCUUGA